AACCUUGUGUGAAAAAUGAGAGUUGGGGUGCUUGUGCUCUCCCUGAGAAGGCAGAAAGACUUCUUUCUCCCUCGCUGCCUUGCUUCCCCCAACCCUGUCAUUACUGAACUUCCAGCAGCAGGUCCGCCCCAGUGAGGCAAGUGGGUUGGUGAUGGGUGUGUUGUAACAGCUGGGGAAAGGAGGCAAAGGUGAGUGAGCCGUGGCCCAGCUGGUCACUCCUGGGGCCUCUGCUGGCUGUUUAUUACACAAAAGAGAAACUCCUUAAAUCGCUGCUCCAGCUCACAGGUUCCCACCACUGGCUUCUGUUGUAAUCUGGGAACCGAUUUUUCCUCGGAGACUGGCAAAAGCUGAUUUGCUCAUCAUUUUCCAUUGAUUUUUAAUGCUAAGUUAUUGGGGAAAAUGUAGGUACGCACACAAUAGGUUUCUUCUGUUUGUCAACUCCUGACAAUUGCUUGGCUCUGGACUGGAAGAGGCAAAGGAUUCUACAGAUUUUCAGUGCUGACAGAUUUGCUGUUUUACAAUGGAUCCUUCUGCAAGUAAUAGCCUCCAGACCUCAACACCCAAUGGAAAUAUCAACUUAGGACCAUCAGCAAAUCCAAAUGCCAGGCCAACAGACUUUGACUUCCUGAAAGUCAUUGGAAAAGGGAGCUAUGGAAAAGUUCUCUUGGCCAAACGCAAAUCUGAUGGGAAAUUUUAUGCUGUAAAAGUCUUACAGAAGAAAUCUAUCUUGAAAAAGAAAGAGCAAAAUCACAUCAUGGCAGAGCGCAAUGUACUCCUAAAGAAUGUGACGCAUCCUUUCCUGGUGGGUCUCCGCUAUUCCUUUCAAACUUCAGAGAAGCUCUAUUUUGUCCUAGACUACGUCAAUGGAGGAGAGCUCUUCUUCCACUUGCAGCGGGAGCACUGCUUUCUAGAACCUCGGGCUCGAUUCUAUGCUGCUGAGGUGGCCAGUGCUAUUGGCUACCUGCAUUCUCUGAACAUCAUUUACAGGGAUUUGAAACCUGAGAACAUACUCUUGGAUUGCCAGGGUCAUGUUGUGUUGACUGAUUUUGGACUUUGUAAAGAAGGAAUGGAACCAGAAGAAACCACAUCCACUUUCUGUGGCACUCCUGAGUAUUUGGCUCCUGAAGUAUUGAGAAAACAACCUUAUGACCGAACAGUAGACUGGUGGUGUUUGGGGGCUGUUCUUUAUGAGAUGCUCUGUGGCUUGCCACCUUUUUAUAGUCGAGAUGUUUCUGAAAUGUAUGAGAACAUCCUUCACAAGCCUCUCCAGAUCCAAGGAGGCAAGACAGUGGCAGCCUGUGACCUUCUGCAUGGUCUUCUCCAAAAAGACCAGAAGAAAAGACUGGGUGCCAAAGAAGACUUUCUUGAGAUAAAGAAUCAUGUCUUCUUCAGCCCAAUAAACUGGGAUGACUUAUACCAUAAGAGACUUACUCCUCCUUUCAACCCAAAUGUGGUGGGGCCUGCUGAUUUAAGACACUUCGAUCCAGAAUUCACUAAGGAAACAAUUUCCAGUUCUAUUGGACGCACACCGGAUUUAACAGCCAGCAGCUCUGGGGCUUCCAGUGCAUUUUUAGGAUUUUCUUAUGCACCUGGGGAUGAGAAUUUUUAAAACUGCUAAUAAGCCCAGGCAUCAUUGCUGAAGAGGUGCUUGUGUUAUCUAUCUUUUGAAUUGAAUUAUACUGUCCUAAAAUGGAAGAUAUGAUGAGAAUUACUGUACAUGUCCCAAUUUUUUCAUGCUGACCAUAUAGCGCUCUUAGGUGCUACAUCAGAAUGGUAUUCAUUUGAUGGGAUAAAACUAACAGGAAGGAAAAAAGGAACAGAGGAAGAAAGAGAGAAAGGAAGGAAGGAAGGGAAAAGGGUAAGAUAGGGUAGUGUGUCUACCAAAAAUUGGCUUCUACCUUAGUUGUAGUGGAAUUGGUGGAAUACCACCAUGGCCUAUAGUCCAUUUUUGAAACUUACUUUUGUCAGUUCCUAUAAUGGUGGUCAAAUACUGGAAGACUGAUGCAUAAGACACUCAUUUAUAAACCAGGAAAUCAAUCUAUUAAAAUAAAAUGGAAGGUAUAUCUGGCCUCAAACCCAGUAAUGGUUAUUUUUAGAUAAUACCUUUAAAUGAGUGAAUUCAAAGAAUUUGGAUUUUAUUUGGAAUUAUUCAAAUUAUUCAAAAGUUAUUACUUUUUGACCCAAUAAUUUUAUUAUUGGGUAUAUACCUCAAGGAGAUAAGGACAGAAAGGAUAGCAGCACUUUUUGUAGUGACAAACUGGAAAUGAGAUAAGUACCUAUUCAUUGUGGAGUAGUAGAACAAAUUGUGAUAUGUGAAUAAAGUGGAACAGUAUAUUUAAGAAAUAAUAGAUAUGAAAAAUUCAGAGAAACUUAGAAAGAUUUUAAAGAACUGAUAUGAUCAAAAUAAAUUGAACCAAGAGGACAUUAUACACAAUGACCAUAACAACAUAAAUGACAACAACUGUAAAAGACAUCAUGACUGAAAAUAAUGAAAAAGCUAGUUUACGAUGCCAAAGAACUGUUAAUGAAAUAUAUCUCUUUCCUCUCACAGAGAUAUAGUUUCAACAGGUGUGGACUGAGGUCUAUAUUGUUCACAAAGUCAAUGUGUCAGUUGUUUUGUUUAACUUCAAUAAUGUAACAGUAGUUAACAUUUAUAUUAAAGUUUGUAAAGCACUUUAUCUUUUUUAAGCUUCACACCAGCCUAUUGAAGUAGGUAUCAUAGGCAUUCUCUUCUGUUUAGCUAAAGAAACUGAAGCACAGAGAAAGAGAUUUGGUGAGUGCUCAGGAUCACAGAACUAAGAAAAUUUCAGAGAUAGGACUUGAUUGCAGGUCUUCCUGACACCAAGUGCAGUGCAUCAGUCAUUAUGCUUCUCUGUUUUUUUUUUUUUCUGAGUAUUAUUUUAAUAACUUUUUAUUGACAAAACAUAUGCCUGGAUAAUUUUUUACAUUAUCCCUUGCACUCACUUCUGUUCCAAUUUUUCCCUUCCCUCCCUCCACCGCCUCCCCCAGAUGGCAAGCAGUCCUAUACAUGUUAAAUAUGUCACAGUAUAUCCUAGGUACAAUAUGUGUGCAGAACUGAACAGUUCUCUUGUUGCACAGGAAGAAUUGGAUUCAGAAGGUAAAAAUUACACCUCUCUGUUUUGUUGUAAGAGAGGGUUCCAUUUAAGAAAUGGUGGCAAUUUUUAAAAAGCAUUAAUAAAAAAUAUUUAAAACCUGAUUUACCAUUUUAACAGAAAACUAUGUUGUGUUUAUUCUUUCACUAUAGUCUGUAGAUCAUUCAACAAACAUUUACUGAGUCUCUAUCAUAUAUAUGGCACUGAGCUAAGAUAUUAGAGAUAUAAGGGCAGCCAGAAGGUGAUAAAGGAUAGAGUUUCAGACCUGGAGUCAGGAAGACUCAUCUUCCUGAGUUCAAAACUGGCCUCAGACACUUAUUAGCUAGGUCACUUUGGACAAGUCACUUGAUCCUCUUUGCCUCAGUUUUCUUGCUUGUAAGAAACUGGAGAAGAAAGUGGCAGACCAUUCCAAUACCUUUGCCAAGAAAAAUCCAAAUGAAGUCAUAAAGAGUUGGACACCAUCGAAACUGAUUGAAUGACAACAACUUAGAGAUAAAAAGAUUAAAAUUGCUACAGCUCUUACUCUUAGGACUCUCAAGAAGCUUACAUUUUAAUAGACCUUAAGAAAAGAAAAAUAGACUCUAAUAGAUUCAGAACAAAUGUCAAAAACUAGAGUUCUUCAGCAGGCAAAAAAGAUAAAUGAAAUGGAAUAUGAGCAACAAUUGCCAAACAAACAAAAAAUCCUGAAUAGCAUGAUAUGAUGAUCAGGGACUUACUCACUGAAUUCCCAAGAAGUGGAAUGAAAUGAGUCCUUUGCAACCUGAGAGAAUUAAGUUUGAGACAUAUGAAAACAAACAUUGAAUGGUAGGAUAAGUCAUCUAAUAGAAUUUGUUUCUCUAGGAGAUGGUAGUGGCAAGAAAUAUAACAAGUUAAUAUUCUAAUUAUACCUACAUCAUCCUAUUGAUUGAUAACAGGUCCCCCUGAAAAAGGAUGAAAACCUUUUUUCUAGCCAAUUAAUAUGGCCGUGUAUCUUUUAUUCUCCAUAUUUUUCCCUCAUGCCAACUUUUACUGUCUUCCUUAUUUGUAGGCAUAAGAUUCCAAAGUGGAAGUGACCUUAUAGCUAUCUAGUUCAAUACCCUCUUUUAUUUAUUAUUUAUUUUAAUAACAAUAGCUUUUUUAUUUUUCAAAAUAUGUGCAAAGAUAGUUUUCAACAUUCACUCUUGCAAAACCUUGUGUUCCAAAUUUUUCUUCCCUUACUCCCCCUUCUCUGAGUAAUCUAAUACGGGUUAACCAUGUGCAUCUCUUUUAAUCAUAUUUCCACAUAUAUCAUGUUGCACAAGAAAAAUCAUAUCAAAACAGGGACACUGAUACAUUGUUGGUGGAAUUGUGAACACAUCCAGCCAUUCUGGAGAACAGUUUGGAAUUAUGCUCAAAAAGUUAUCAAGCUGUGCAUACCCUUUGAUCCAGCAGUGUUUCUACUGGGCUUAUAUCCCAAAGAGAUACUAAAGAAAGGAAAGGGAUCUGUAUGUGCCAAAAUGUUUGUGGCAGCCCUGUUUGUAGUGGCUAGAAGCUGGAAAAUGAAAGGAUGUCCAUCAAUUGGAGAAUGGUUGAGUAAAUUGUGGUAUAUGAACGUUAUGGAAUAUUAUUGUUCUGUAAGGAACGACCAGCAGGAUGAAUACAGAGAGGACUGGCGAGACUUACAUGAACUGAUGCUGAGUGAAAUGAGCAGAACCAGGAGAUCAUUAUAUACCUCAACAACGAUACUGUUUGAGGAUGUAUUCUGAUGGAAGUGGACCUCUUUGAUAAAGAGAGCCUUAAUUGAUCAAAGAUGGACAGAAGCAGCUACACCCAGAGAAAGAACACUGGAAAUGAAUAUAAACUGUUUGCAUUUAUGUUUUUCUUCCCGGGUUAUUUAUACCUUCUGAAUUCAAUUCUCCCUGUGCAACAAGAAAACUGUUUGGUUCAGCACACAUAUAUUGUAUCUAGGAUAUACUGCAACCCAUUCAACAUGUAAAGGACUCUUGCCAUCUGGGGGAAGGGGUGGAGGGAGGGAGGGGAAAAAUCGGAACAGAAGUGAAUGCAAGGGAUAAUGCUGUAAAAAAUUACCCUGGCAUGCGUUCUAUCAAUAAAAAAUUAUUAAAAAAUUAAAAAAAAUAAAAAUAAAAAAGUAUUAAAAAAUUAAAAAAAAAAAGAAAAAUCAUAUCAAAAGGGGAAAAUGAGAGAAAAAAAAAACAAGCAAGCAAACAACUACAACAAAAAGGUGAAAAUCCUAUGUUGUGAUCCACAUUCAGUCCAAAUAGUCCUCUCUCUGGAUAUGGAUGACUCUCUCCAUCAUGAG